AAUCCAGUGGUUUAAAGGUAGUAGAACACACACGGGCAUGCAUGGGUACACGCUUGGCUUAUUGCUAACACGUGUGGUUAAAACAAAAACACACAUGCAUGUAGCGUCACGAUAAAACCCAUGGUACGUAACUUGGUAGCGCACCAUCUAGCUAACUUUGCUUUCUGUUAGCCUUUCCAAACAAAAUCACUUGUCCUAUUUGCUGCCCUGCAGGUUCACAUUGAGUGCAAGGCCGAUGCAUUUUUUUCUUCUUUUUUUUUGCCUCUCCAGAAGUUUCUGCAGGGAGGCACAGCAAGAGAGAGAGCCCAGCACUAGAUAAGUAGGGGGGGAAAGAAGAGCAUCCAAGCGUACUCCUCGAUCUCCUUCAAGCAGCUAACAUAAUUAACUCAUGGGUGCAUAGAGAUAUGCCGCCGACGACCCAUCAUAUCUAUGGUUACUUAUUAUUGGGCAUGGAGCACGUCAUCUCAAUGGAGGAGAUCCUCGGGCCCUUCUGGGAGCUGCUACCACCGCCAGCGCCAGAGCCAGAGCCAGAGCGAGAGCAGCCUCCGGUAACCGGCAUCGUCGUCGGCAGUGUCAUAGACGUUGCUGCUGCUGGUCACGGUCAUGGUGGCGGCGACAUGAUGGAUCAGCAGCACGCCACAGAGUGGACCUUUGAGAGGUUACUGGAAGAGGAGGCUCUGACGACAAGCACACCGCCGCCGGUGGUGGUGGUGCCGAACUCUUGUUGCUCAGGCGCCCUAAAUGUUGACCGGCCGCCGGUGAUGGAAGAGGCGGUAAUGAUGGCGCCUGCGGCGGUGAGUAGUGCCGUAGUAGGGGACCCCAUGGAGUACAAUGCCAUACUGAGGAGGAAGCUGGAGGAGGACCUCGAGGCCUUCAAAAUGUGGAGGGCGGCCUCCAGUGUUGUGACCUCAGAUCAACGUUCUCAAGGCUCAAACAAUCACACUGGAGGUAGCAGCAUCAGGAAUAAUCCAGUGCAGAACAAGCUGAUGAACGGCGAAGAUCCAAUCAACAAUAACCACGCUCAAACCGCAGGCCUUGGCGUGAGGCUUGCUACUAGCUCUUCCUCGAGAGAUCCUUCACCAUCAGACGAAGACAUGGACGGAGAAGUAGAGAUUCUGGGGUUCAAGAUGCCUACCGAGGAAAGAGUGAGGAAAAGAAAGGAAUCCAAUAGAGAAUCAGCCAGACGCUCGAGAUACAGGAAAGCCGCUCACCUGAAAGAACUGGAGGACCAGGUAGCACAGCUAAAAGCCGAGAAUUCUUGCCUGCUGAGGCGCAUUGCCGCUCUGAACCAGAAGUACAACGACGCUAACGUCGACAACAGGGUGCUGAGAGCGGACAUGGAGACCCUAAGAGCUAAGGUGAAGAUGGGAGAGGACUCCCUGAAGCGGGUGAUAGAGAUGAGCUCAUCAGUGCCGUCGUCCAUGCCCAUCUCGGCGCCGACCCCCAGCUCCGACGCUCCAGUGCCGCCGCCGCCUAUCCGAGACAGCAUCGUCGGCUACUUCUCCGCCACAGCCGCAGACGACGAUGCUUCGGUCGGCAACGGUUUCUUGCGACUGCAAGCUCAUCAAGAGCCUGCAUCCAUGGUCGUCGGUGGAACUCUGAGCGCCACAGAGAUGAACCGAGUAGCAGCAGCCACGCAUUGCGCGGGGGCCAUGGAGCUCAUCCAGACGGCGAUGGGAUCCAUGCCGCCGACCUCCGCCUCCGGAUCUACACCGCCGCCGCAGGAUUAUGAGCUGCUGGGUCCAAAUGGGGCCAUACACAUGGACAUGUAUUAGGCACUGCGGGUUUCGUGAUCGCUGGGAACAUUUUAUUUGCAGGCGUCGCUGAAUAAGGCUGGUUGUCUCGAUCUCCCUUGACAUGAAAUCCAAAUAACUCACAAUUAACCAUGAGUGUUCCGUUUGGUCCCAGUUUCGAAGGUAUUGUUAAUCAUAAUAGUGUUGUUCUGUA